AUGACUUUUAAAUCUCAUUUCUUGAAUGUAGCUCUCUGUGCUACAACAGCAUUCUUGUUCUUUGUGACAAUUCACUAUCUCAUAACGGUAAUCAAUUUUCACAUGGCGGCAAAGAAGUCAAACAAAAGCAACUCUCCACCCCUUGCACCACACAUGAUACCACUUUUUGGGAAUCUGCCAUUAAGGUUUAUCUGGGAUGCACACAAAUUUGUUUGUUCAUCGAGAUAUGCAUUUGGUUGCUCAUAUCCCAUCCGAGUCAAGCUCAUGUUUCAAGAAUUCUACAUUGUGCAAGGGGCAAGCAACGUCCUCGCUCUUUACAAGAACCCAACUCUGUCUGCGUUCUUCCUCCAUGGGUAUCUUCUCACACAUGUUUUCUCACUUCCAUCCUCGGCAGUGAGCACGUACUACCGUGACAACUCUGGGGAUAUUGAGAAGCCUUUCGAGGACAGUUCCGUCGACCCACACAAUCGUGUCGAGUUUCUAAGUCGUUCUACAUUCCUCAGACUGCUGAGUGGACCCGGAUACGCUCCUCUUCGGGCAAGAUUUGAGCAUAACAUCGCUCAGAGACUACAAUCUCUCAGUGUUAGUCAAGACUGGACGCCAAUCGGCAACCUCAUGGACAUAUUUCACCACCAAGUGACUGGCGCCGUGAUAGACUCAUUGUGUGGAACCUUUCUUCUCAAUCAACACCCAGAAUUCACAAGAGACCUUUGGGCCUUGGAUUCUAACGUAACGACAUUCUUUGUAAAGACACCGAGAUUCCUGGCUUCUGGAGUCUACAAGAAUCGCGAGAAGUUACGAACAUGGGGACAAAACUUUUCACCUGAAUGUGUUGAUGCUGAUAAUGAUGAUCCCUACUGGGGAACCAAGUUCUUCCGAGACAGACAUGAUAUGUUCCUGAAGAUGGAUGGGUUCGAUGUGGACGCAGUUGCUUCAGAGGAGUUAGCAUUCAUCUGGGCGACCAACACCAACUCCAUUAUUUCUGCUUUUUGGACUACAUUGGAAGUUUUUAAGGAUCAGCAGCUCCUAGAUCAGGUCCGUGCAGAAGUAGAAUCCUGCAAGAAAGCGGACAGUACAGUUGAUCUACGCUUUGAUGUCUCAAAGCUGUUAACUCAACCCCUUCUCCAGUCUGUUUACGCUGAAACUUUGCGCUUAAGGGUGAAUGGAUUCCUCUUGCGCCGUUCGGACAGAACCGACUUAGAUAUCAACGGUUGGAAAAUCCCCAAAAACCGGCUCUGCGUUACGAGCUCAACCCCAGGGCACAUGGACCCGAACAUCUGGUGCACAGGCACCAACAUGCAUCAUCCUACCAAUGAGUUCUGGGCUGGACGGUUCUUGAAGGAGAAUCGCAGCACAGGCGAAGUCGAAUUCUCUUUUAAGGGAACGGAAGGUUCAUGGGUGCCCUUUGGGACUGGGUCACAUAGUUGUCCCGGCAGAAACUUUGCUAAGGUUGUUGCUCUCUUCGUAGUGGCCCAGAUGGUGAGCAGAUAUGAUUGCGAAGUGCUUGCAGAUAAUGCAAGCAUGAAGAUGGGCUCUAAGAGUGUUGGUUUCGGGACGCUAAGGCCGGUUGGGAAGAUUCCUGUGAGGAUUCGGCGAAGACCUGCGUAGAGCUGCAUUGCUCAGUAGGAUGCGAGGAUUUGAUUUGAUACUUCAUUCUGCCC